CUCCCCGGUCAGGGUGGAGUUUAGCAGCAGCGCUCUCAGCGGACAGAGGGAGGGGAAGUGGAGGAGAGAAAAAAAAAGAAAGUCGCCUUUGGCCUUUUCUCUGGUUUAAAACGUUCAUUCUAGCGGAGAACCUCUGGAAACUGUUCUGCUUUUCAUCCGAAGGGGGAGAGCCGUCGACGGGACCGGACAGACCGAGGCUCACACAGGAGGUGUUCAACCAAGCCAUCAUCAUCUCACUGGACAGGAGGGCUGUCCCUAAAACACUCGUCUACUUCAGGUGUGAGUGGGGUGACGGUGCAGAGCAGCAAUCAUGGUUGCCCUGUCUUUAAAGAUCGAUGUGGGAAAUGUGGUGAAAACAAUGCAGUUUGAGCCCUCCACAAUGGUCUACGACGCCUGCCGUAUCAUCAGGGAAAGAGUUCCUGAGGCACCGCUUGGCCAACCCAACGACUACGGGCUUUUCUUGUCCGAUGAAGACCCAAAGAAAGGCAUCUGGCUGGAUGCUGGAAAGGCCCUGGACUACUACAUGUUAAGGAAUGGGGACACUUUGGAGUACAAGAAGAAGCAGAGGCCUCUGAAGAUCCGCAUGUUGGACGGGACGGUGAAGACUGUCAUGGUGGACGACUCCAAGAUCGUCAGCGACAUGCUGAUGACCAUUUGUGCUAGAAUAGGAAUAACAAACUACGAUGAAUACUCACUCGUGCGAGACAUUGGCGAGGAGAAGAAGGAAGAAAUCACUGGAACACUGAAAAGAGACAAGACUCUUCUAAGAGAUGACAAGAAGAUGGAGAAGCUGAAACAGAAGCUUCACACAGACGAUGAGUUGAACUGGUUGGACCAUGGCAGGACACUGAGGGAGCAAGGUGUGGAGGAGACAGAGAUGCUGCUGCUGAGGAGGAAGUUCUUCUACUCGGACCAGAAUGUGGACUCCAGAGACCCCGUUCAGCUCAACCUGCUCUAUGUUCAGGCUCGUGAUGACAUUCUGAACGGAUCCCAUCCCGUCUCCUUUGACAAGGCGUGUGAGUUCGCCGGUUAUCAGUGCCAGAUUCAGUUCGGCGAUCACAACGAGUCCAAACACAAACCUGGAUUCUUAGAUUUAAAAGAGUUCCUGCCUAAAGAAUACAUCAAGAACAAAGGAGAGAAAAAGAUUUUCCAGGCACAUAAAAACUAUCAGAACAUGACAGAGAUUGAGGCCAAAGUGAGCUACGUGAAGCUGGCCAGGUCCCUGAAAACCUACGGAGUGUCAUUCUUCCUGGUGAAGGAGAAAAUGAAGGGUAAGAACAAACUGGUGCCUCGUCUGCUGGGCAUCACCAAGGAGAGUGUGAUGAGAGUGGAUGAAAAGACCAAGGAGGUGAUCCAGGAGUGGAACCUGACCAACAUCAAACGCUGGGCUGCAUCACCCAAGAGCUUCACCCUGGACUUUGGAGACUACCAGGACGGCUACUACUCUGUGCAGACCACUGAGGGGGAGCAGAUAGCUCAGCUUAUUGCUGGGUACAUCGACAUCAUACUUAAAAAGAAAAAGAGCAAAGAUCACUUUGGCUUGGAAGGAGAUGAAGAGUCAACCAUGCUGGAAGACUCUGUGUCACCCAAAAAGUCCACGUUUCUGCAGCAGCUGGGCAACAAGGUGCGCACGGUAAACAUGGACUCAGUCGCCCUGCCAGUGGUCAUACGCCCAGGAGGUGGAGGUCCAGAGAGCUUCCAGAUGGGCUCCAUGCCUCAGGCCAAACAGCACAUCACCAGUGGACAGAUGCACAGAGGACACAUGCCUCCACUGACUUCAGCCCAACAAGCCCUGACUGGAACCAUUAACUCCAGUAUGCAGGCUGUCCAGGCAGCCCAGGCCUCUCUGGAUGACUUUGAUACUCUGCCUCCACUUGGAACUGACGCUGCAUCUCAAGCUUGGCGCAAAAACAAGAUGGAUGAGUCCAAGCAUGAGAUUCAUUCCCAGGUGGAUGCCAUCACAGCAGGCACAGCCUCCAUGGUCAAUCUGACAGCAGGUGAUCCAGCUGAGACGGACUACACAGCAGUGGGCUGUGCGGUCACCACCAUCUCCUCCAACCUGACAGAGAUGUCUAAAGGUGUCAAACUACUCGCUGCACUCAUGGAGGACGAAGGAGGAAACGGACAGCAGCUGCUGAGCGCUGCCAAGAACCUGGCCUGCGCCGUCUCUGACAUGCUGAAGACGGCUCAGCCUGCAAACACAGAGCCUCGACAGAACUUGCUGCAGGCUGCAGGAAACGUGGGUCAGGCAAGUGGUGAGCUGCUGUCCCACAUUGGAGAGACGGACACCGACCCACAGUUCCAGCUUCGAGGUAAAGGAUCUUUCAGGCGGAGAACCCCCUCCUAUGUUCAAAUGAUGGACAUGUUGAUGCAACUGGCAAAGGCCGUGGCUAACGCUGCCGCUGCUCUGGUGCUCAAAGCUAAGAAUGUUGCCCAGAAGGCCGAGGACUCCACCCAGCAGAACCGGGUUAUCGCUGCAGCUACGCAGUGCGCUCUGUCCACGUCUCAGCUGGUAGCCUGCACCAGGGUGGUGGCUCCAACCAUCAGCUCUCCAGUUUGCCAGGAGCAGCUGAUAGAAGCAGGCAAGUUGGUGGCCAAGUCGGUGGAGGGGUGUGUGGAGUCCUCGCAGAGCGCCACCAGCGACGAGGGCCUGCUGAAGCAGGUGGGCCAGGCUGCCUCAGGAGUCACUCAGGCCCUCAACGAGCUGCUUCAGCACAUCAAACAGUACGCCAGCGGAGGACAUCCCAUUGGACGUCACGGAGAGGCGACCGACCGCAUCCUGGAUGUGACUGAGAAUAUUUUCAGCUCAAUGGGAGACGCUGGUGAGAUGGUUCGUCAGGCUCGCAUCCUGGCCCAGGCCACGUCUGAUCUGGUUAACGCCAUCAAAAUGGAUGCAGAGGGAGAAUCCGACCUGGAGAACUCCCGGAAGCUUCUUUCUGCUGCCAAACUGCUGGCUGAUGCCACUGCCAAAAUGGUGGAGGCUGCUAAGGGCGCUGCUGCAAACCCUGACAGCGAGGAGCAACAGCAAAGGCUGCGUGAGGCCGCUGAAGGCCUCCGCAUGGCCACCAACGCUGCCGCCCAGAACGCUAUCAAGAAACGGCUUAUCAACAAGCUGGAGAACGCAGCCAAACAAGCGGCAGCAGCUGCCACUCAGACUAUAGCUGCUGCCCAGAAUGCUGCUUCUUCCAACAAGAACCAGGCUGCCCAGCAGCAGCUUGUGCAGAGCUGCAAGGUGGUGGCAGAGCAGAUCCCUCAGCUGGUUCAGGGGGUCCGAGGCAGCCAGUCUCAGCCGGACAGCCCCAGCGCUCAGCUGGCUCUCAUCGGCUCCAGUCAGAACUUCCUGCAGCCAGGUGCUAAGAUGGUUACUGCCUGCAAGGCCACAGUUCCCACCAUCACUGAUCAGGCCUCAGCCAUGCAGCUCAGCCAGUGUGCUAAAAACCUGGCCAGUGCCCUGGCAGAACUCCGCACUGCCUCACAGAAGGCUCAAGAUGCUUGUGGUCAGCUGGAGAUAGACAACGCUCUGAAUAUGGUCAGAGAUCUGGAGAAGGACAUUCAGGAGGCCAAGGCUUCUGCUCAAGAAGGAAAACUCAAACCACUGCCUGGAGAAACGCUUGAGAAAUGCUCCCAGGACCUUGGUAUGAGCACCAAGGCUGUGACCUCAGGUAUCGCCCAGCUGCUGAGUGAGGCCACGCAGGGAGAUGAAAAUUACAUUGGUAUGUCAGCCAGAGAUAUAGCCCAGACUCUGAAGUCCCUGGCCUCAGCUGCCAGAGGAGUCGCCGCAACCACAAACGACGUAGCGGCACGCAACGCCGUGCUGGACUGUGCCGGCGACGUCAUGGAUAAGUCGGCCAACCUGAUCGAAGAAACCAAGAGGGCCAUCGCAAAACCAGGAGACCCAGAGAGUCAGCAGAGGCUGGCCCAGGUGGCCAAAGCAGUGUCGCAGGCUCUGAACAGGUGUGUGAACAGCCUUCCUGGUCAGAGGGAUGUGGACAACGCCAUCCGCACUGUGGGCGAAGCCAGCAAGUCCCUCCUGGCUGAUUCAUUCCCAUCCAGCGGACGGAGUUUCCAGGAGGUUCAGGCUCAGCUGAACGAGGUGGCAGCUGGUCUAAACCAGUCGGCCAACGAGGUGGUUCAAGCAUCCAGAGGGACCACCCAGGACCUGGCAAGGGCCACUAGCAAGUUUGGGCAAGACUUCAACAACUUCCUGCACGCUGGUGUUGACAUGGCUGGAACGUCCCAGUCGAAAGAGGAUCAGACACAGGUGGUCUCCAACCUUAAAACUAUCUCCAUGUCAUCAAGCAAGCUGCUGCUGGCUGCUAAAGCUCUCUCCACUGAUCCCAGUUCACCCAACCUGAAAAACCAACUGGCAGCAGCUGCUCGGGCGGUUACAGACAGCAUCAACCAGCUCAUCACCAUGUGCACUCAGCAGGCCCCAGGUCAGAAGGAAUGUGACAACGCUCUCAGAGAACUGGAGUCGGUGAAAGGGAUGCUGGAAAACCCGACAGAAGCAGUCAAUGAGCUGUCCUUCUUUGAGUGCAUCGACAGCGUCAUGGAGAACUCCAAGGUUCUUGGUGAGUCCAUGGCUGGUAUUUCCCACAAUGCUAAGAACUCUAACCUGCCAGAGUUUGGAGACUCAGUCAGCGCUGGAUCCAAAGCCCUGUGUGGUCUCACUGAAGCAGCUUCUCAGGCUGCGUAUCUGGUGGGAGUAUCAGACCCCAACAGUUCAGCAGGUCAGAAGGGCCUCGUGGAUCCUACCCAGUUUGCCCGGGCUAAUCAGGCUAUUCAGAUGGCCUGCCAGAACCUGGUGGACCCCGCCUGCACCCAGUCCCAAGUGCUUUCUGCAGCGACCAUCGUGGCUAAACACACCUCUGCCCUGUGCAACGCCUGCCGCCUGGCGUCCUCCAGAACUCCCAACCCUGUAGCCAAGAGGCAGUUUGUCCAGUCAGCCAAAGAGGUGGCCAACACCACGGCCAACCUGGUCAAAUCCAUCAAGGCUUUAGAUGGAGCCUUUAAUCAGGAGAACAGAGAGAAGUGCAGAGCUGCUACUGGUCCUCUGAUAGAAGCUGUGGACAACCUGACUGCCUUCGCCUCCAACCCAGAGUUCGCGAGCAUUCCUGCCCAGAUCAGUCCGGAGGGUCGUGCCGCCAUGGAGCCCAUUUUGGCAGCAGCCCAGAUGAUGCUGGAGAGCUCCACUGGCCUGAUUCAGACCGCACGCUCUCUGGCUGUCAACCCCAAAGACCCCCCUAAGUGGUCAGUGCUGGCUGGACACUCCAGGACAGUGUCCGACUCCAUCAAGAAACUCAUUACCAACAUGAGAGAAAAAGCCCCUGGUCAGAGAGAAUGUGACAAUGCUAUAGAAGUGCUGAACGGCUGCAUCCGAGAAGUUGAUCAGGCCUCGCUGGCUGCCAUAAGUCAGCACUUAACGCCUCGAGAGGACAUCUCCAUGGAGACUCUUCAUGAGCAAAUGGCUGCCUCAGUCCAUGAGAUCAGUAAUUUGAUUGAUCCUGUAGCUGUGGCUGCUCGAUCUGAAGCCUCUCAGCUGGGACACAAGGUGUCUCAGAUGGCUAGCUACUUUGAACCUUUGAUUAUGGCGGCCAUUGGCACAGCGUCUAAGAUCCUCAGCAGCCAGCAGCAGAUGGCUGUCUUAGACCAGACCAAGACCCUGGCUGAGUCAGCCCUGCAGAUGCUCUACACUGCCAAGGAGGCUGGAGGAAACCCCAAGGCAGCACACAUGCAGGACGCUCUGGAGGAGUCGGUGCAGAUGAUGAAAGAAGCCGUGGAUGAUCUGGGCGCCACGUUGGCUGAGGCCGCCAGCGCAGCAGGUGCUGUGGGUGGCAUGGUGGACUCCAUCAAUGAUGCCAUCAAUAAAAUGCAAGAUGCUCCUUCGCACGAACCUGAAGGCACCUUUGUGGACUACCAGACUACCAUGGUGAAGACAGCCAAAGCCAUUGCUGUCACUGUGCAGGAGAUGGUGACGAAGUCAAACACCAACCCAGAUGACCUUGGAGGAUUGGCCAACCAGCUGACUAAUAAUUUCGGAAAUCUUGCAGAGGAGGCCAAAUUUGCUGCUCUUACAGCAGAGAAUGAUGAAAUCGGUUCUCACAUUAAGAAGCAGGUGGGAGAGCUGGGCUUCAGCUGCACAGGUUUAGUAACCAAGGCUGGAGCUCUGCAGUGCAGCCCCGAUGACUCUUUUACUAAAAAGGAGCUGAUUGAAAGCGCCCGCAAAGUCUCAGAGAAGGUCUCCCACGUGUUGGCGUCCCUUCAGGCUGGUAACCGUGGAACUCAGGCCUGCAUCACAGCUGCCAGCGCUGUGUCAGGAAUCAUCGCAGACCUGGACACCACCAUCAUGUUUGCCACUGCGGGAACUCUGAACCGAGAGAACGCUGAGACCUUUGCUGACCACAGAGAAUGCAUUUUGAAGACAGCCAAGGCUCUAGUGGAGGACACCAAGCUGCUGGUGUCUGGUGCUGGAGCCAGUCAGGAGAAACUGGCACAGGCUGCCCAGUCGUCAGUGUCCACUAUUACCAAACUGGCAGAAGUGGUCAAACAGGGAGCGGCCAGCUUGGGUUCUGAAGACCCAGAGACUCAGGUGGUCUUGAUCAACGCGGUGAAGGAUGUGGCCAAAGCUCUCGGCAACCUGAUCAGUGCCACGAAGGCAGCAGCAGGAAAACCUCACGAUGACCCAAGCAUGCUCCAGCUUAAGAGCUCUGCGAAGGUGAUGGUGACCAACGUAACGUCUCUGCUGAAAACUGUGAAGGCAGUGGAGGAUGAAGCCACCAAAGGAACCAGAGCUUUGGAGGCCACCAUCGAACACAUCAAACAGGAGCUGGCUGUGUUCUGCGGUUCUGACCCACCGCCGAAGACCACCACACCCGAGGAGUUCAUUCGCAUGACCAAAGGUAUCACCGUGGCCACAGCGAAAGCAGUGGCUGCUGGGAACUCCUGUCGCCAGGAGGACAUCAUUGCCACCGCCAACCUCAGCAGAAGAGCCAUUGCUGACAUGCUGCACUCCUGCAAGGAGGCUGCGUACCAUCCAGAUGUCCAUCGAGACGUCCAGAUGCGAGCUUUGCGUUACGGCAACGAAUGUGCCUCUGGAUAUCUGGGGCUGCUGGAGCAUGUGUUGGUGCCGAUUAUCCAGAAGCCCACUCAUGACCUGAAGCAGCAGCUGGCCAACUACUCCAAGCGUGUGGCUGGUUCUGUCACUGAGCUCAUCCAGGCUGCUGAGGCUAUGAAAGGAACAGAAUGGGUGGACCCCGAGGAUCCUACUGUCAUCGCAGAGAACGAGCUGUUGGGUGCAGCGGCUGCUAUCGAAGCAGCUGCCAAGAAACUGGAGCAGCUCAGGCCGAGGACCAAACCCAAGGAGGCAGAUGAGAGCUUGAACUUUGAGGAGCAAAUUCUGGAGGCAGCCAAGUCAAUCGCAGCUGCCACAAGUGCUCUGGUCAAAGCUGCUUCAGCGGCACAAAGGGAGCUUGUGGCUCAGGGAAAGGUUGGAGCAAUCCCAGCCAAUGCAGUGGAUGAUGGACAGUGGUCUCAGGGCCUGAUUUCUGCUGCUCGGAUGGUUGCAGCAGCUACCAAUAAUCUGUGUGAGGCUGCCAACUCUGCAGUGCAGGGACACGCCAGCGAGGAGAAGCUCAUCUCAUCAGCCAAGCAGGUCGCGGCCUCCACUGCUCAGCUGUUGGUGGCCUGCAAGGUCAAGGCUGACCAGGACUCGCAGACCAUGAAGAGGCUCCAGGCUGCUGGAAAUGCUGUGAAGCGAGCUUCUGAUAACCUGGUGAAAGCAGCACAGAAAGCAGCGUUUGACGCUCAGGACGACCAGGCUGUGGUGGUGAAGAGCAAGAUGGUGGGAGGCAUUGCUCAGAUUAUUGCGGCUCAGGAGGAGAUGCUGCGGAAAGAAAAGGAGCUGGAGGAGGCCAGGAAGAGGCUGGCCAUGAUCCGACAGCAGCAGUACAAGUUCCUCCCCUCUGAGCUGCGAGAGGACGGCCAGGAACAGUGAGAGUGUGUGUGUGAGCGUGUGUGUGUGUGUGUGUGUUUGUGUGGAGGGCUGUUGCACCGACAAUCAGCAUCAUCAGUAUCAUUGGAAUGCUCAGGACCUCCCAUCUGCUAAUAACUUCAGCACCGAUGCAACUCUGGGCAGACUCAUUCCACCUUAACAUUAACAUAUCAGGAGGCAUCUUAUUAAUCCAGGAUGGUGUGAAAUUUUUGUUGAAUAAUGGCAGGUAUUCUAUGUUUUGCUAAUGCCGAAUUAUCUGCAUUCAAGUGCUAAUUAAGUUAUCUGUGCUUUUGAUAACGUGUUCAUAAAUGUCUCUUUAUUUUCCAAGUUUGUGCGUUGGAACUGUGUGGCGUUGUAAAGUGACAACGUCAUAGCAGUAAGUUAGUCUGUUACAGCCCGUAGUCAUAAAGAUGGAGUCUAAUAGUACAAUUUAUGUUUCAAUGCCAAAAUAUUCAUAUCUAUGCAAAUUUAUUCUCUUUGCUUUGUGUCUUUUGUUGAUUUGAUAUUUUUUGUCUGAACACAAUUCCAAAGAGCCUUGAUGUUUUGGCAGUAAAAAAAGCCUUAUAUCCUCAAUAACAUUCAGUUUGUUACUUUUACUGGAAAAAAUUAAAUAAAAGCAGAAUAGUGUUUUACAUCCAAAAAAUAAUUAAAAGAUUUUAAACAAAUCAGUAUUUUUUAAAAAAUGAGCUCUGAACUAUAUAAAACAGAUGUCUUUCUGUUAUUUUUAGUAUUUAGAUCUGGACUGUGUUCGAGGACUUGUUUGUGUAAUGAUCAUAAAGCCAUAUAUUUAAUGUCAGAACAUUUCAUAUCAGCAUGACUGUAUGACAACACUCCAGUAAUGUAUGCGUCAAAACAUAUCUGGUGCCAUUUGUAGCAGAUUUCACAGAUUUUACCAGGUUUUUUAUGGGCCUAGUAUUAAGAUGUCCUUACAGACAAAACUAUUUGUGCUUUAAUCAUGUGUUCAUUUGAAAUUUAUCAAGUAUUACUGAUUCUGUUUGCCGUAGAAGUGCAAUAACUUCAUCACUCCGCUAAGUAUCAGCACAGAUAGCUUUAUUUUCUUUCACGUAAUGUUAGAGCCAACAGAGAAGUUUGCAGUAUAAAACUGUAAUCAUUCAAACUUUGAUCACAUUUUGACUUAUCAUGGUAGAAUUAUAAUGCUGGUGCACAUUAGUAUCACCUGCCGGGCACUGUAAUAGAGAUUUAUAUACAAUAAAGCAAAUUUUCACUGAAA